CGUGAAGAAAACAGGCACGGGAAAAUGAUAUUUUAUUGCUAUCCCCAAAUCCACUAGCUAUAAAUAAUCCUACUGCUUCUUUCAUCAACACAGUCAUCUACACUUCAAUUCACCGUUGAAUAAUAAUAAGAAGAAGAAUAGUAAUCAAGAUGCCGCACGAUAGUGGUCAUGGAAAGAUUAUCCUCGCACGGAUUCUUUAUGUCUCCUUCUUGGGUCUGGUCACCGCCGCCGCGACACAGUAUUACCGGGAAAGGUUGAAAGCUAAAAGAGUUGAAAUAUCUAUCAUGCCAAAGCUAGACAGGAAAGGUUCUGGCCGCGUUGGAAGUCUCGAAAGAUUCUCUCACUAUGUUGCUAGGCAAUUGGGAUUUGCAGAUCCAAGUCAAUGUCCACAACUAUGCAAAUUGGCUUAUGAUUAUUUGAGAAAAUCUAAAGAUUGUGAGGAUAACAUCUAUGAAAUUUUUGCAAAUGAAACUGAGGCUGAGUCUCUGUAUGUGAAGCUGAUAGAAGAGUUCGAAAGAUGCAUCCUCAGUUACUUUGCCUUCCACUGGACUCAAGUUUCCCAUCUGAUCACUCAGGUGAUCAAUGAUGAAUCAGAGAAGAGGCAUAAGCUGAAAGACGUUGUACUGGCAGCUACAAGGAAACAAAGAUUUGAAAGGGUGAAUAAGGAGUUGAAGGUAACUAGGGUCUUCUCUACGCUAGUGGAGGAGAUGAAAGCAAUCGGCAAGAGUGACUCACAAAGGUCGGAUUUGAUGGUCCCUGUAGCCCUCAGUCAGAGAAGUCCGGUGCUGCUACUCAUGGGCGGUGGUAUGGGGGCUGGCAAGAGCACUGUCAUCAAAGACGUUCUCAAAGAGUCAUUCUGGUCCGGAGCAGCACCAGUAGUUGUAGAAGCUGAUGCAUUUAAAGAAUCAGAUGUUAUUUACAGAGCCAUAAGCGCUAUGGGUCAUCACGAUGACAUGCUUCAAACAGCUGAACUGGUGCACCAAUCAUCAACCGAUGCUGCAUCAUCUCUGCUAGUAACUGCAUUGAAUGAGGGUCGAGAUGUGAUAAUGGAUGGCACCCUUUCAUGGGAGCCUUUUGUUGAGCAGACGAUUGCUAUGGCACGUAAUGUGCACAAAUACAGGUAUCGAAUGGGAGUAGGAUACAAGGUAGCAGCCGAUGGAACCAUUACUGAAAAUUACUGGGAAAAAGAGGGAGAUGAAAUUCGGGAAAGGAAACCAUACAGGAUAGAAAUGGUUGGAGUUGUUUGUGAUGCUUAUCUUGCUGUUGCUAGAGGCAUCAGGAGAGCUAUAAUGACCAGAAGGGCUGUGAGAGUUAGUUCACAGCUGAAGUCCCACAAGAGAUUUGCAGCUGCAUUUCCAAGAUACUGUCAACUUGUUGAUCAUGCCAGGCUAUAUUGCACCAAUGCAGUUGGAGGACCACCUUCGUUGAUCGCGAGGAAAGAAGGCAAUAGCAGUCUGUUAGUUGAUCCAGAACAAAUCAAAUGCUUGACCGAUGUUAGCAAUUUAAACCCUGACGCAGAAUCCAUAUACGAGCUUUACUCUGAUUCAAGCCGAAUAUAUGAUUCUAACUCAGUUUGGAAAGGGGUCAUCUUGUCCCCUUCAAGGUCUGCCAUUCAAUUAGAGCUCAAAAUGUCAAUCGGAAAGAUCGAAAUGCCGCCAUCCAAAUGAUUUAGCAUGAAGAACUAAUCCAAUUUUCAAAACUCGGUUCCAAUUUUUGA